GCGAGCGGAUCCCGCGCGGCGCCAACCCUUUCCCGGGUCAUCGCCCCUCCCCUCUUCCGGGCCGCGAGACCCCUGCGCGCCGCUCUGGGGCUGCGCUCUCUCGGGUGCGCGCUCUCUCGCCCGCCAGUCCUCUCGGCGCGCGCUCGGCUGCCCGACGACGCGGGAGCCGCACGCGCCGGACCCAGCUCGCCCCGCUCCCUGUUGCCGAGCGCGGGCCCGUUGAGGCGGAGCCCUCGGUUCCCGGCCAGGACAAGGUCUGGGCCGCCGAAUCUCCGGCCGGAGAGCGGCGGCGGCGGCGGCGGCGGUGAGGAGACCGGGCCGGGAGGAGGAGAAAAAAAUGAAGAACGAAAUUGCUGCUGUUGUCUUCUUUUUCACAAGGCUAGUUCGAAAACACGAUAAGUUGAAAAAAGAGGCAGUUGAGAGGUUUGCUGAGAAAUUGACUCUAAUACUUCAAGAAAAAUAUAAAAAUCACUGGUAUCCAGAAAAACCAUCAAAAGGACAGGCCUACAGAUGUAUUCGUGUCAAUAAAUUUCAGAGAGUUGAUCCCGAUGUCCUGAAAGCCUGUGAAAACAGCUGCAUCUUGUAUAGUGACCUGGGCUUGCCAAAGGAGCUCACUCUCUGGGUGGACCCAUGUGAGGUGUGCUGUCGGUACGGAGAGAAAAACAAUGCAUUCAUUGUUGCCAGCUUUGAAAAUGAAGAUGAGAACAAAGAUGAGAUCUCCAGGAAAGUUACCAGGGCCUUUGAUAAGGUUACCUCUGAUUAUCAUUCAGGAUCCUCCUCUUCAGAUGAGGAAACAAGUAAGGAAAUGGAAGUAAAGCCCAAUUUGGUGACUGCAGCUGCAAGCCCUGUGUACCAGAUUUCAGAACUUAUAUUUCCACCUCUUCCAAUGUGGCACCCUUUGCCCAGAAAAAAACCAGGAAUGUAUCGAGGGAAUGGCCAUCAGAAUCACUACCCUCCUCCUGUUCCAUUUGGUUACCCAAAUCAGGGAAGGAAAAAUAAACCAUAUCGCCCAAUUCCAGUGACAUGGGUACCUCCCCCUGGAAUGCAUUGUGACCGGAAUCACUGGAUUAAUUCUCACAUGUUAGCACCUCACUAGCUUCUUUUUUGAUUGUGUUGGUGUCAUGUUGAGAAAAAGGAAGAAUAAACCUGAAUACACUUUCAAAGUUAAAAGUUCAUACUAAUAGUAGUGAAGUUAGAUGGACCAAACCAUCAAACUUAUUUUUAUAGAAGUUAUUGAGAAUAAUCUUUCUUAAAAAAAUAUGCACUUUAGAUAUAUUGAUAUAGUUUGAGAAACUUUAUUAAAGUUAGUCAAGUGCCUAAGUUUUUAAUAUUGGACUUGAGUAUUUAUAUAUUGUGCAUCAACUCUGUUGGAUACGAGAACACUGUAGAAGUGGACGAUCUGUUCUAGCACCUUUGAGCAUUUACUUUAUGGAGCGUAUGUAAGUUAUUUAUACACAAGGAAAUCUAUUUUAUGUCGUUGUUUAAAAGAAUUGUGUGAAAUCAUGUAGUUGCAAAUAAAAAGUAGUUUGAGGCAUGA